UAUGCUUUGCUUAAAAGCUGUUAUCCGAGAGAGUGUUUUGUCCACUAUGUAAAAGCGGUCACUCGCUAAUUGCAAAAAUAGUAUAUCUAAAAUACUCCUUUUUCCUAUCCAGUCAUCCCAUACAUUGAUAAUAUUUUACAAUAGGUGAACUACAACGAAUGUAGGUCAGUUUGUUUAAUGACUUAAAUAGAUAUGCACAAUCAAUGAAUCUUUAUUUAAAGCGAUCAGGAAAUUUGAAAAAAAAACUGCCCAAGAGCAAGUUUGACAAGUUUCGAUAUUAUAUCCUUUUUGUACGCUUCCUGAGAAUGAUUACAUUAAAUAUUGGAAUUGAAUUUUAAAUUUUAUUCCAAACAAAAUCAUAGUAGCUAAACAACAGCUACAAAGCAAUUUCCUAGGCCCGCUUGCAAAAAUCCAACAAAUCGAGUAAAAUUCUACAACUGUGUGAAAUCUACUUUGAAUCAAUGCAUUGAGAAUUUAAAAAAAUAAAUAAAUAAAAUAACUUUGAAAGUUCAUUUAAAAAAAAUUCAAUGAUGAAAAAUCCGUGACUCCACUUAUCAAUGAACUUCCUAGUGUUAUCGAAAACAAUCAUUUUAUUAUUAACGCCUACAUCGACGUUGUUUCAGGUUUCUUUGAGUUUAUAUUGUCAAUCUCAAAGUGCACCGGAUAACCCUGAAGACACUUAAAUUGAUAAUACGCUGAACAAGGAAGUUGAAUGCAAAAAAAUAUAUAUUGUUGGGAUAACAUUUUGGGAUUUGUUUAGGUAUAUGGGGCGAAUAUUUUAUCUUAAAAUGUAUGCUUUUGCUAUUGUGAAGAAGAAGAUUUCCUUGCCCUUGAGUAAGUGUUUAUUAUAAAUAAAUUGGCGGUCCUUUUAGGGGAGUUUUUCAAAGCGGUGUGGGAUUGUUGACAACUUCCAUAACUCAAGAAGAACAUUGAAAAAGACAAGGUAGAAGAUCUCCUUAGAUGAACUGAAAGCGCGAAGUGCCAUCUUACACGAUGUUCUGGAAGAGAGGUUAUUGAAACAAUUGUUAGGUUUAAUACAACAAUGGCGAGCAACAUUUCAAACACAACAAUGAAAAAUCCCAGCUUUCGCUGUUUCCAUCCUCAGUUUUCCAUUGAGUUUCAGUACCAGUACUUUAACACCACCCACUCCAUCCUUGCUCCUCUGAAUACACUGUGCGUUCUGUUGUCCGUCUUCGCAAACUCUCUUAUACUUCUGACUGUACGUAAACACAUUGGACUUCGAUCUCCUUCGUCUCUCCUCCUUUGUAGCCUGAACAUGAAGGACAUUGUCUUCGUAUCGUUCGCUGAAACAUUGCAAAUUUGUGAAUCAUUACUUCUGCUGACCAAAGAUGAUCUAUGUUACCGGUCAUUGUUGGGUUUGGUCUUGCUGUUCUUUGUGUUUUGCGGACGUUCAAUCGGUCUAUUGAGCAUGAUCAUGAUAUCAAUCGACCGCUGUUUUGCCAUUCACAAGCCUCAUUUCUACCGUAGGGUCUUGACAAGGAAGAGAGUGUUUGGUUUUGUAGCUGUAGUAUGGAUCACAAGCAUUGGAGUGAGCAGCUCUGCGCCUUUUCUCUCGCUCACGGAUCUCUCAUCGUUAAUGGUUGUGCUGUUUGGAAGCACAACUGUCGUGGUUACCCUUCUACAGAUAAUCAUCUACUAUGGAGUCAGGCAUCAACGAGCCCGUACUUCUGACAUGAGCUCGUCACAACUUAGACAAAUGGUCCUUGAACGAUCUGUUGCCAUUGUUGUGUUCUACAUCGUGCUUGGGUUAGCUGUGUGCUAUAUUCCCUUUUUGUCGUCUGUUGCUCUUAUUAUUUUCAACGGCCAAAACUAUGUGUAUUUUGGGAGAUAUUGGUUCCAAUUUGCCAUCUACGUGAACGCAAUAAUCAAUCCUAUUAUCAUGUUGAAGACAAACCGUGCUCUCAGACGAGCUGCACUGGAUAUCGUUACACAAUGCUUUGUAUGCUGUGACUGUCCUACCGUAAGGGAGUUCCAGUUGACGGAUGAAAGUAGUGGGAAUCAAAGGCGAGGAAGAUCAACAAACGGUACCCGUCCUCUACACCAAAACGAAAGAUCGACAGAUAUAUUGAAGGUUGAAGACAUCUAAAAGCCUUGAUAACGAUGCACAUUGAGUGAAACUGCUAGUAAAUUAAUGUUAGUAAAUUAGAACUAUUAGAAAGAAGCAGAAGCAGAAGCAACUGAAAUAAUACCCUGCGAGAAAGGAUUGUUUCAUCCCCUUCAACCAAGGGAAGGAAAAACAUUGAAACAGGACGGCUUUUUUUUUCUUGUUGCAAAAACUCCAAAAUCUAAAAGGUAAACCAUGUGAUCAGUCCGCGUGACUGACUUUAAUCUUUUUCUACGUACAAGUGCGUGGAAACAAUCCUCUUUUCGCAGAGUACUCAAAACAUCAUUAUAUUAACAAAUACUAUGAUAAGAAAAAAUAAGUAGUAUAGAACUGCCUAUGACUAGUGCUACCAGGUAAAAUAGAAUGCAAAUGUAACCGAAAUAUUUUCGUUUUAUGGGCGCUAAAAUCUGGAAUAGUCUCCUUGCUUUUAUUAAAAGUCUGAAUAAGUUCAAAUUGAAGACAUUGAUUAGGAGCAUCUCUCUCGAGAUUUUCGAAAAAGCAGACGAUAUUUUAGAUAUCGAUCAGAUUAUUAACGAGCUAAAAGCUUCAUACUAAGGAACACCUUUGUCAACAUUUUAUAAUUAUCGUAAUAGUUAUUUAAUAAUUUCCUAAUAUUACGUACUCUUCCUCGUAUCUCUUUUUUUCUCUUUUUUUAUCCUUGUAAAACUGUUAUGUAGCCUAACUGUCAAUUUUUGAAAAUUUUCUAUUAGUUUUCUCCCUUAUCGCCCUCGCCUCGAAUAGUCCUAGACUAUAUAUAACUGCGAGGACUGACUUCAUUGUAAUCAGCGUGAUUUAAUAAAUAUAAACUGUUGUUGUUGUUGACAUUAGUUUCCUUUGCUUACAAGACGACGUGUAUGUAAACAAAAAAAAUGAAAAAGUAAAAAACAUUUAAACAUGA